CAGUGCAGACGAUGAUCAGAAGGCAAAGAUUCACUUGUUGCAAUGGUAGAAUAAGAUGCCGCCAGCAGGAUUUGGAACAAUUGGACAAAUCUGAUGAUGCAAGACAGGAAUGAUCCUCAAAAGAUCCUUUGCAGAGAUAGACAGCUCUUGUUUUGAUAUACCUGGCUGAAUUGGCUUUUGACAGAAAAUGAUUUGACAUCUGUAACAAUGGUUCAGAGUAGAGAAGUAAUAGAUGAUUGGUAGUUACUGUAUACAGGAGCGAGGGGUGAAAAUUACAAACCCUACGAAACCGUGGAUGGGCAUCUUUUGAAUUGAGUGAUUGAAUCCUGCACGGAAAAGAUAAUAGGAUAACUUUGAAGGGACUUAAAUCUGACAAGUGCGGAAUAAAUGAUAUGACCUCAUUGGAUUUUUAAAUUGUAGAUUGUCCCAUUAAACUGGUGAAAGGUACAUUGUUGAAGUUUAAUUGAAUUUCGGAAUUUCGUUUAACUGUUCUGUUGGAUUUUAGAAUUGAGCAAUCAACACCUUGUUGUAUAGGAGGAAAUUAGGUAAUUUAUUUAUAUUUUGUGUGAGGGACUGAUAUUCAAAGGAUUAUAAUGAAAGAGAAAUAUGAUUAAUAAUGAGGAUAAUAUAAAUGGUUAUUGAUAUUUACGUGUAUGUACAUGAUGAUGCAUUAGCUUCUGUGAAAAAAAGAAAGACAGCACAUAAAGGAUAAAAGAUGGAAUCUGCGGAGAGCCUUUCCUGCCUUAUUUGUGUAUUCUCCUACCUUAUAAACUACUCAGACGGACUUACGUACAUAAUUCCAGAGGAACUUCCAAGAUUAAAGUUGAUUGGAAACAUUGCUAAAGAUGAGGACAUUAGAUCAUUAGUGAGCGAAAGUGAUUACAACAGCCUGGAGUUUCAUUUCCUUAACCUUGACAACCCGUAUUUGAAACAUUUCUCCAUAGAUUCUAGCUCAAGUGAUCUACGUAUAGGGGAGCCAUUAGACUGGGAAGUAAUUUGUGAGUUUUCUACGACUUUCUCCUGCCCAGUCACUCUCGAUGUAGCUGCUCAAAGUAAAACCGGAACUUUUUUCAAAAAGAUCAGUAUAACAAUAUUCCUGGAGGACAUUAAUGAUCAUUCACCUAUAUUUGACCCUCCAUACUUCUCUUUCUCAAUAUCUGAAUCAGAGGUACAAGGAAAGUCUAUAGCAUUAAAUACUGCACAAGACAUAGACAGUGCCAACUUUUCAGUGCAGAGCUAUGAAGUUAUUCCAGCUGAAAUACCAUUUCGUGCUGAUUUUUUACAAAAUUCAGAUGGUCCAUCACAAUUGAAUCUUGUUUUGACUGAUAAGCUUGAUAGGGAAAUAACUGAUAAUUACUAUUUCAUGUUGAUUGCUAGGGAUGGAGGGACACCAUCGCUAAAUGGUACCAUGAUGAUAAAUGUAACAAUAGAAGAUGACAACGACAACAGACCAGUGUUCCAGCAGUCGGUAUAUCAAGUACGUGUAAAAGAAGAUUAUCCACUGAACGUAACAUUUCUUAAUGUGACUGCAACUGAUCUUGACAUUGGUCGUAAUGCCAAAAUUUCAUACCACCUCAAUUCCCAACAAUCACAGGCAAUAAAAGAUACUUAUGACGUGGACCCUGAGACUGGCGAGGUCUUCUUAAAGAAGCAUUUAGAAUAUGUGUCAAACGAAGCUAUAAAAGUAAAAAUAGAUGCAGUUGACAAUGGUGAGCGACCUUUGACCUCUCAAACUACCAUUGAGGUCACAGUUGAGGAUUCGGAAAACAAUGCUCCUGUAAUAAAGAUAAACCUAUUAUCUAAUUCUCAGACAGCAGAAGCUCGGGAAUAUGCUAGCUUUGGUUCUGUUGUGGCUUAUGUUGAAGUUAUAGAUAAAGAUGGAGAUAGAAAUGGACGUGUGAGUUGUGAAGUUGAAAGCGGCCCUUUUGGUAUGCAAGCUGUUGAGGACAAAGAAUAUAAGGUUAUUGUGUUUGGUCCACUGGAUCGUGAAACAGUUGAUAAACACAGUGUUACAAUUGAUUGUCAUGACUUUGGUGUACCAGAACUGACUUCCUCUGCUAACUUUACAGUUAUUAUUAUUGAUGAGAAUGAUAAUGCACCAAAAUUUACAGAUGAUGUCUAUGAAUCAUCUUUUUUGGAGAAUAAUGAAAAUGGAUCCACAGUUGUGCAGGUUUUUGCCAGGGAUGCUGAUAUUGGCAUAAACAGCCAAGUCUCAUAUUCCCUUGACGUUGAAACUUCUGACCUCGAAGUACUUGAAAGCUUCUCGAUAGACAAUAAAUCAGGAUUGAUCACCACUAAUAAAGUGUUUGAUAGAGAAGAAAGAGCAAAGUAUGAAUUUAUUGUCUAUGCAACUGAUGGUGGCUUCCCUCCACUUUCUUCAUCAGCAACUGUGUCAGUUACGAUUGAGGACGUAAACGAUAAUCAACCACAGUUUAAGAAUCUGCCGUAUGUUUAUCAUAUUCCAGAAAGUCAGUUGAAAGAGACAGUUCUAGGUAAAAUAACUGCAGAAGAUAGAGAUGAUGGUGGAAAUGGAUAUGUCUCGUACAGUCUUGUAGGAAACAAUUCAAAUUUGCCAUUCGAGGUUUUACCAGACGGAACUCUAAAAACUGUAGAUAGUUUUGACCGAGAAAAAAUUGCGCACUAUGAUUUUCAAGUUUUGGCAAUUGACAAUGGCAUUGAUAUUAGGAGAAGUAACACGGCGAAUGUUACUGUAUUUGUAACAGACAUUAAUGAUAAUGCUCCUAUAAUAAGUUAUCCACAAGAUACUAAUGUUGUAAAAUACAUUACAUACAUGAUGCCUGCUGACACACAAGUAAUGAAGAUAGAGGCAACUGAUGCUGAUGAAGGCAAAAACGCUGAGCUAUCUUACAGCAUCUUCAAGAGAAACGAUACAAAAAUGUUCCGAAUAGGUAGAAAUGGGGAGAUUUAUGUUGCUAGGAAACUAUAUGAAACUGAAGUAGAUUCCUAUUUUCUUGAAAUUGUUGUGUCCGACAAUGGAACACCAGUUAAACGAGCAUGGACAAAAGUCACAAUUGAUGUUCUUACAAAGAAUGUGACUGCUGUGGGCGUAAGAGACCCUGCUAUUGAUAAACAAAAUAUCAUCAUAGCCAUUAUUGUUGUUGUUGUAACUGUUGUUAUAGCAGCAGCCAUUUUAAUCAUCAUCUGGAUCGUUAGAAGGCAUGAUUUGCAGAAAAGAAAGUUCCUUGGUAAUAGAGAUGUCAAUCAUAAUGGUGACAAUGAUUCAGGAUUUUCAUCAACUGGAGGUCGUAAAAGUCCCGAGCCCAUAAAACCAUAUAAAAAUGGCAUGGUACCAUCAGCUCCUAUAUUACCACCAAUGACAAUUGACAGAAAUGAUGGGAAGUCAAAAGAUGUUACUUUUCAGGACACAGUCCAUGUAAGAGAAAAGAGUAUGGAUUCCACGAUGGAAUCAAAUGGAGAAAGUACAGUACAGUUAAACAGACUGGCUUCUUUACGAAUACAUCAAGCAUAUAUUCAAAACCACAACAAACCAUGGACCAGUCAAUCUGAGCUAAAUGAUGCUGGAAAAGAAUGCAAGAAACAAGAGGACCUUCACAGUGACCUCUCUGCGGACACAGCUACUUAUGACAGUGGUAUAGGUGGCAGUGUAUCUGAUACAGGAGAUUUGAGAAUGUCACAGUUACAGCUACUUGUCAAACAAAACGGUCGUAGAGGAAAACCGCCACACAAACCAUCAAAACCUCCUCGAGUGAUUGCCCGAGGUCAUUCACAGAGUUUGGACAGACCACCAGAAAGACCCCCACCUCUCAAACAUAAUCCAUACAGAUCUAAGUCACCAGUUCAAUCUCCUGUACAUUUUUCACCACCUGUCAGUCCAAGUUUGUACGCCACGUCUAGUCCGACGCCAUGUAGUCAAAAUCAGGCAAGCUUCUUUAGUACACCAUCACCAACACACUUUCUAGACAGACAAAGUCCGUCAAAAAAUGUUGUUCAAGACUUAUUAAUGUAUAAAAAGUUUCAAAAUGGACUUAAUCUACCAAACGGUAGACUGACAGUGGAUGAGUCCGUUGACACAACACAUAUAGACGAUGGUAGUUCAACAUCAGGGAGUUAUUACAUAGAUCCUACCAUUGAAGUAGAGGAUUGGAAAAACCCACCAGUUAGUGAUAUUUACGUAUGACACAAAAGCUCAACUAGUCACAAUGCUAAUAGUGCCAGUUAUAAAGAACUGGGUAAUGAUAUAAAAUGUGAUAAAAAGAAGCUGUUCACUCCUCAUGAUGUAUAAUAUUCACUCCAUACCUGUCAGACAUCACUUUAUUGUACAAUAAUUGAUAACAAG